CCUCUACUCAGCCUGAAGCCUCUACUCAGCCUGAAGCCUCUACUCAGCCUGAAGCCUCUACUCAGCCUCUCUUCAGCCUGAUGCCUCUCUUCAGCCUGAUGCCUCUCUUCAGCCUGAUGCCUCUACUCAGCCUGAUGCCUCUCUUCAGCCUGAAGCCUCUACUCAGCCUGAAGCCUCUACUCAGCCUGAUGCCUCUACUCAGCCUGAUGCCUCUACUCAGCCUGAUGCCUCUACUCAGCCUGAAGCCUCUACUCAGCCUGAUGCCUCUACUCAGCCUGAUGCCUGCUGAUCCAGCCUGACGAUCCUAUUAGGCCAGUUGACUCGAUGCCCGCUGUUUGAUCCGGUACCUGAUCCGGUGCCCGCUGUCGUGCCAAUUGACUCAGAGCCCGCUGUCGUACCUGGUGACUCGGUGCCCACUGCCUUGCCAGAUGACGCGGUGCCCGCUGGCGAGCCAAAUGACCUGAUGCCUGGUGAUCCAGUGCCCGCUGUCAUACCUGGUGACCCGAUGCCUGCUGUCGAGCCAGACAAUCC